CAACAUUCGACGUUCACCUGGUUCAGCAGAUGCGGCAAUUUCACAAGAAGCUUGGUUUCUGCAACGCCUCGUCCCACCAUUUUGCGUAUACUCAUGACCGCACAGGUCUCAUCCACCGGUCUUCUCCGUCGAAUUAUCGCUGAAAUGCUCGCUACCUGCGAAAAUGGCUUCCAAGCGACCCCGCCGAAUCUACGAGUCAGAUGCCCUUGAACACUCCUCCCCAUACACAUUCUAUGGAACUCCAUUACCGCUCCAAGAAGACGGCACUCGUGAAGAUGGUACGUUUGUACCAAUCUGGAAGCAAGAAGUGACGGACGAGCGAGGUCGGAAGCGCUUACAUGGCGCAUUUAAAGGAGGUUUCAGUGCUGGCUAUUUCAACACAGUCGGUUCCAAGGAAGGAUGGACCCCAUCGACUUUCAUCUCCUCGAGACAGAGCCGAGCAAAAGGCGGCCAGUCCUUUCCCCAACAAAAACCCGAGGAUUUUAUGGAUGAAGAGGACUUGGACGAGGCGGACGAACAUAGACGCCUAGAAACGUCAGGGGAUUUCGCUGGUUUUGGUACCGCUCAAGAUCCAACGCGCAGAGAUGCUAUGGUUGAACUAUUCUGCCGAUCUCAAGAUACUAUCGGCGUCAGACUCCUUGGUCGCAUGGGAUGGCGACAAGGCCAAGGUAUCGGCGCCCGAGUUCGACGUUCUACCAACCUCCGGGGAUCACCCGGCUCAGAGCAUUUGUUCGCCCCAGAUGACGUGGAGAUCAUUUCGAUGGCCCAGAAAGCAGACAGAAAAGGACUUGGCUACAACGGCCAUCUCUCCGACGGUGGAGCAAUAAGACAAAGCAUCUCCUCCCCAAGUUUACGAAAAUCUGGUUCUGAGCACUCGUCUGACGAGGAUAAUGGCCGCCUACAACUCUUCAGGCCCAAGGGCAAAAAGCGAGCCCCGAGGUCCAAAAAUGGCAUUGGAGUCGGUAUUCUCAAUGAUGAAGGCUCAGACGAAGAGGACCCCUAUUCGAUCGGUCCCAAGAUAUCGUAUGGCAGGGUGAUCGGCGAGAAAAAGGCUAAAACCAAGGCUAGGGUCCGCGGCCGUGGAGGUACUGCGAACCCAAUCAUAGAGAGCAAAUCCACCUUCACUGCGCAUCGGUUCGGAAACACGAAAACACUGUUGCACAAAGGCCAUGACGGCCGUCUACCACUUGAUGGGUUUGUGCUAGGAGAGACGUUGGACGCAUUUGGUGGCCUGAACAUUAGCGACGAGCGCCGACUACCGCAAGUGGUUCCAGAUAACUGGAAGUCGUCAGUGUCUGUCCUUCCAGAAAGUGAUGGCUCAAGCUAUCGGUCAACCGCUGACGCCGCGAAAACGUCGGAACUGACAGCUAAGUCUCGGGCAGGGCUGCUGGGCGAAACCCAGUUACCUGGAAGAUCAGUGUUUGACUUGAUGACGCCAGAGACCCGCAUGCGUUUGGCCGCUGCAGCUGGCCGGACAGAUCUACCAUCAGCUGAAGUUGUACCCGAAUCUGAGGUUAGAUCUGAAGAUGAUAUGCCCACCUUGAACCCUGAGGUAGCACGGCAAGCACUCCAACGGGAGGUCAAUGGCUGGAUGCCAUAUGCGGAUGAUGAGAAUAAGCGGAACCGUUACCGAGCCUAUCUGGAAUCACAAGCUGAAUCUCGACAGCUCAAGUUCGACCAGCAAUCGCUGAACUGGCGAGAAGGUACAAAUAAAGAGGACUGGAUGGUGGAACUGCAUGAAUUUGCCCGGGCGGCCCAGGUUUUUAGGCCCAUAAGUGGACUGAUGGCUUCUCGUUUCACAUCCUCGACGGCACUUGACCGAGAGAGAAAAAACGAAGCACAAGAGCCACUACUCAGCCUGCCACAGGCGAAGCCAGAGAAUCCGGCAGAAGUUGCAGCCAAAAUGAACAUGUUUGGGGCUUUGACUCGUUCAGUAAUGGCAUUCCAUCCAACCAGGCUGCUGUGCAAGAGGUUCGGAUUGCCUGCGCCGGAUCACUCGAACUACCCAUUGGCGAAUGAUGGUCGUAAUGCGACAGACAAAACAGAGGACGCUAGGGGGUCUGGAAUGCAGUUCAGGUCAUCUGCACCGGCCACGUUCAAGGACAACGCUGGGGCCGAAGCCGCGGAUGACGGCCAGAAACGUCGACCUGACCAGACCAGUAGUUCAAAGGCAUCGAACAAUCAACCACAGGCAGGGAUCCAUGUUCAUCCAACGGCUGUGAACCCUGACGAGAAUGCUGCACUGGAACGAUCAAAGCCCGGCCUGGAAGUCUUCAAGGCGAUCUUUGGCAGCGACGACGAAGACGAUUGACUUUCACUGACACCUAAAGAGACCUGACUUAGAUGUGAAUGUUCUGUCUAUAAAGUACCUACCCUGAUAUGUACGUGAGCUGGCUGUCGUUAGCUUGCUGGCGAUCUCUCACAUGGAGCAAGAGAAAGGCGUGGCGAUUUCUUGCCAUUUUUUAGUACGAGGUUCACGGCCAGUUGUGUCUGUAUUGAAUAAUAAGUAGUGGGCUACCCUAGGUACCUUAGGUACCCGAGUACGCAUAGAGUACCACCAAGGAAAUAAGAGUUCUAUGGCGAUGGCGACG